GAAAUGCAACACAUUCGGCACGGUUUCUUAUCAUUGAAAUAUUACACCGUUCCACAGAAUAAUAUAUUGUUAAUAUCCGUUGGAAUGACAUUGUUGCUAUUGUAAUAAUAUUGUUCUUAUCGCAUUGUUGUUAUCGUUUGGCGUCGAAACAACAACUUUCCUACAAAUACAACAAAAACUUCACUGUAUAGUGUCUACUACCGAUACUGUCUGAGCGCAAUAAAAUAGAUUAAAAAAAAAAAAAAAAAACUAUAUUUAUUUAUAGUGCAUUUUUUUACGGUAUGUGUAUCCUACAAUACUAUUUGUAGUUUUUUAUCCGUCUUGUUCUACGUUCAGUUCAUAUAAUUGCUGCUGCUGUUAUUUUCCGUACAACAACGGUGAUUAUUUUGUCCAAUACUUACCUUCCUAUAAUUAUAAUAAUAGUGUUUCGGUAUAUUUCUACUUUCUAGGAGAUCUAGUUAUAUUGAACAAUAGAUAUUUACCUGCCCUGUUAAAAUAUGAGUAACGAACAAGACGAAGAAUUCGAGCUCAGUAAAACCCAUUUUGAUGCGAUCAAACUGUUGGAAGGAGCAUUACAAAAAAUGGAUGGAAUAAUUAUAUCUUCAGGUACCUAUUAUAAAUAAUGUUUUACAAAAUGAAUAAGUGUAAUAAUAUUUCUAAACUAACAACUGUUUGUAACAAAAGAAUAAUUAUAUUAUUAUGUUAAUCAAAAUUACUCUUGAGACUAUUAUGACUUAUAAAACAAUUUAGACACCUAAUGAGAUGAAGACAUAGGGUAUACUCAGUAGGUAGGCUACAGGUGAAAAAUCCAAUGUUUGACUGUUGAAGAUUCAUUGAUGUUCAAAAGAAAAUUAUUCAGUUUAAGCAAAAAUUAAUAUAAUGACAUAUUAUACCUAUACUGUCUAAAAUGGGUGUAACAUUGUAGUUUUAUUACUGAUAUUAUUAAUUAUUCUUAUACUUCAUCAUGUUCUUCUUCGCUUUUAUCACACACAACAGAAUCAACUAGGUGCUUACGAUUUGCUAAAAUAUAAGCUUCAUAAUGUAAUAAGAUAUUACAUACAAUUACUAUUAUUUUGUUUAUUUUUUUAGUCUUAAUAGAUCACAUUAAAUUAUUUUACAUUUAUUAGAUACUCCAAGAUAUUAUUCUUCUUGGCUACUCAAUAAUACUCCAAGAAUAAUGAUUUGUGAACCAAUGAAGCUAAACAGAAUUCUAACUUUAUGAAUUAUGUAUGAUAAAAGGCAAAACUGAAGCCAUUUUGGUGAGAUCUAGUUAGAAUGUUUAAUGUAGAGUAAUUUUUUAACUUAUAAUUUUAAAAUUUUUAAGUAGUUUGCAUAUUAUCUAUAUUUUAAAAAUAUUUAAAUAGUAGGUAAUAAAAUAUAAUUGCACUGUGUGUAGUUUUAUUAAUUUAAAAUCUUAAACUGAGUCAGUAUAUUAUUUAUUAAAUGCAUAAUAAACAAAUAAUUAUUUAUCAGAUUGAUUUGAAAAUUAUUUACCUACCUAUUACUUAACAUAUUAUUUAUGUUAUUUAUCAAAAUAUAAACUAUAAUUUUUGUAUUUUAAUAUGGUAUGUGGUGCCUACUGUUAUAAUUAUUGAACAAAAUUUAUUAACUAGACUUUGUGUUUUGUAAAACAUAUUUAUGAUAAUUAAUUAGUAUUUAUGUAGAGUAAAGGAUAUUAAAAUGUAUAUUUUGUAUGACAAGUUAGAGAAACAAAAUUAAAUAAAUAUUAAAACAAUUAAAUUAACAAUGAUAAUACUAUUUAGAACUAGUAGAACAUAUACAGAGAAUAUUAUAGCUCAGAUUUGAACUAUAUGAAACUAUAAAUCAAUGUUGAGGUUUUUCAUCCAUUCAACUACAUCCUUAUUAGCUGAGUGAAUAUCCUUAGGGGUGGCUUUGAAUAGGAAAUUCUGGCAUUCAGAGUCACUAUAUGGGAGAUUGCUUGUAAUUCAUAUUAAAGAUUGCUUUCAUGUACUCUGUCUUAGAGAGAGCUAAAGAUUUACCAUCACCAAUUGCUGUACUGUCUUUCUGAUCUCAUAGCAAUAGUAAACAAAAUAGAAUUUUAUGGGUACAUAAUAUUGGUUUAUAAGGCCUAAUAUUGUGUAUAUUUUAACAUUUUAUAAUGCAUAUAUUAAAUUUUUUUAGUGCAUCCUUUAUUGAUAACUGUAAAAUUAUUUUUUCACAUAUUCAUGUAGAUUUUAUAAUAAGUAUGUGAUAGUUUUUUUAAAAUGUUUUAUGUUGUAUAAACUGGUAUAGAUUUACACGCAUACUUCCUUGUCUCUAUUUUAAAAUAUUAUACAGUAUAUAAAAUCAUUUUAUUGACAUUUUUGAAGAUAUAUAUUAUUUUAUAGAUUUUGGUAUCUUAGAACCUUAUAUUUUUUUUUUCAGAAUUUGAGACUUAUUGCUUAUCUUUUUAUUUUCUUAAAAUGUGUUUCUAUUAAAUUGUAUCUAGGUAAUAUAUAUCUAUUUUAAAGUGAUUUAUGAAAGUUUAUCUUUAAAAAAUGUGUUCAACAUUUUAUUGGUAGUGUACCAUACAAUAUUAUAUUUGAUAAAUGCAGAUCAUAUCAAUGUAGACAACUGGGAUCUGUUAUCUAGCAAAAUCCCAGUCAAGGGUAUUCCCUUAGGUCUUAGGUCUCAUUCUCUGUGUUUUCCUAGAUGGAUUGGGGAAUCUGCUUUAUCUCCUGACUAGAUAGCACAAGCCUUUUCGUGGCGUUAAAUAUUAGUAGUGACAUGGAUUUAUUCGCGGUGUAAAGCACACACGUGCAAAUUAUCAUGAGCUAAUGAGUGCCUGUGUUUCCCUAUUGAGGUUAUACCGGCAAGAGUUUGAAACUUCGGUCCCCUAGACCCCUGUACCAGCCAUAAACUCGCACUGCAUUAUGCGGUUGACUUCGAACGAGCUUAUGAAUUAUGUUAAGUCGUGAUUAAAUUAACCGGGAUUACCCACUAGUGGGCAUGCGGUUAGGUAAAUUUGGUAGCGAUUGCUGGGAUCGCGCUUUAAUGCAAUGACAUGUAUCCAGAGCUUGCACUGAACCUCCGCAACUCAUGACUAACAGUCAGUGCUAUUAUGACAAUCCACGGUUGUAUCAUGCUUCAAAUUAAAACCUGGUCGAACUGGUUGUUAAUAAUUAUAAUUAAUACAAUUAUUACUAGGUAUUAUUUAUUUUUUUGGUUAUAUUAUAUCCGUGUUAUGUAUUAAAUGUUUUAUUUUUACCUACCUAUUUACUUUGUAUUAAUUAUUAAUUAUAUUUUUUUUUUUUUAUAGAGCCAACAUUUAAUUCAAAAUUGCCCAACAACUUAAAUGUACUAAACAAUUUUAUUCAACAAGUAAACUUUCAAAAUUAUACUUCAAUUAAAUUUUAAACAUUCUAUUUGUUAUAAUUAUAUUCUUAGAAAAAUAAUGCUGACCCUAAUGAUCAUUUGGAGUCAUUUAAACUUCAAGUUUCCAUGUUGAAUAAUCAAGUGGAUACUCUAUUAAACAAAUUAAAUCAGCUAGAAAAAUACUUAGUACAACAAAGUGAACUAAGACAAAAAGCUGAAAAUAAACUUGAGGAGGUAAAUUAUUGAAAUUAUUUUAAAUUCAUUUUUUUUAAUUCCUACCUAUGUUAUUGUUUUAUAGGAACUUAUUCUGAAAUCAAAAUUAGAAACUGAAAAACUUGAAGUAAUUGCAAUGUUGACUAAUUUGAAAUUAGUUAACGUAAGGCUGACUAAGGAAAACAUAGGACUCAAAGAAAUGCUCUUGAAUAAUCAAAAUACACGGGAUGCAGUUAUUUCGGCUUGUAUGCCAGAUAUAAUGGUAAGCCAAAUUUUUAAUAUUUAUAAUUCAUAGGCCAAAUGGGUCAUUUCCACAACACUCUUCCACUGCUUUGUGGCAUCUACCAUUUUAUUAUUUUAUCACAGUAUUUUUGUUUAUUCAUGUUGCAUAACUAAUAAAUAAAAAAAAUGAACAUACAUAUAACACAUAUAGAUAUUAAGGAAAAAGAAUAACAAUAAGUCAUAGAUAGAAAUAGUAAGUAAUAACAAUGAAAUUGAUGAUAAAACUAUGUAAAAUCUUCUACUCUUUUUUUUUUUUAUUUCUAUUUAUUUUCUUAGUAUUUACUGUUCAUUUUUUUUAAUAAAUGUGAAAUAUAUUAUAAUAUAAUAUACUAUACUAUGGUCUAUAUAAAAGUGCACCGCCUUGGCGCAUACAAAUAAAUAGUGGAGCGACCUCCGGCUGAGUUUAAUUACUCUGCUAAUCAGCGAUAGUCACACACAUAUAAACACUACCGGUUAUAAUGCUAUUUUUUCUCUUUACUUGCAUAUCUAUUUUUUUAUAGCUACCUUGAUACAUAUUAUUAUUAUAUAUUUUUUUAUAAAUAGGAUAAGAUAAAUAUAAUUAAACAAACAAAGAAGAACAUUUGUUGAGUACAUAAUUUUCUGUAUUCAUGCACAAUAUCAAUGGCCACCAAUUUAAAUUUCUAAGAAAAUAUUCUCUAUUCAAAUCUGUGUUCAAAAUGGGGGGGGGGUUAUUUGAAAAUCAAAAUAAUGUACUUAUCUAAGGUAUUUGGAGUAAGGGUAAAAUAUUAAAAAUUGUUUUAAAAUAAAGCUUAAAUUAUUUUAUAAUGAUUAGAAAAAAACAAAAAUCAAAUUCACUUAAAAUCCUCCUAGAAAAUAGCUAGUUCAUUAUACAAAAAAUCACCCUGUGUGUAUCAGUAUUUUAAAAUUAUCAGCUGUUGAACUGUUAAUUUAAAGACUGACUUAAAUAUCAUAAAUUAUAGGUUUUCUAAUAUAUAAUUCAUAUCCAGUGUUUUUAUCAUCAGUUUUCAAUAAUUAAAUGUUGAAUAGGUUUGUCUCAAAACAUAAUUUGGCUAACAAAAAUGAUCAUUUAGUAUAAUCCUUGCCAUGAAAAGAGGCUCGUGACCAUUCGAACCAGUAGUUUUAUACAAUUGACAUUAUACACGUCACAUGGCUGCAAUAACCAGUUUAGUUACCCAUGGCUUAUGGGCUGGAUAUGCCUUAUAGGUCAGUUUUUGUGGCUAGGACUUUAGAUACUUUAAGAAAUAUCAAUGAUUACAGGACUGCCUACGAAUUGAUCCUGUAACAACAAUUCCUGCCGAAAUGUAUCCAUGUUAUUUUUUUGGGUCAUACUAAAUUGCAUUCUGUAAGAUGUCUUAAGAAAAACAUUGUAGUUGAAAGGAGGAGAGGGUAAGAAAUAAAUAUCUAGGAGGUAUAUUGGUGUAUACAAAUCCCAUUUAAGUUAUAGCUGGUAUUGAUAUUCCAUUCUGCUAAGCAUUUUUAAACAAAUUUAUUUAUUUAUUUGUAUUUAAAUUCAAAUUUGUUACAGCUAGGAAAAAUGUUUUAAAAUAUAAAACAUUAUGCUUGUUAUUUAUUCUAAUAUUUGGGUUUUACUGUGUAUUAAUAAUAAUUAUUUUGUUUAGAACUCUCAAUUUCAUCGGUCAAAAAAUCAUGGAUCCCGUUUCUAUUGCAGUUUACCUCGACAUAUUAUAUCAAAAAAAAAAAUUGAAGCAAAAACUCUGAAUGCUGAAGCAUUAAAUGAUAUUACAGAGUCAUGUGUUAAUUUAAUUAACAGAAGAUCACUAUUUGAUAAAUGUUCAUCUGCUCCAAAUUUAGGUAAAUUUAAUAUUAAUAGUACUAAUCAUUGUAGGAUUAAGAAGUUAUUUUUUUAGUAAUUUCAAGAAUUAUUCAAUUGUAGGAUAAAGAAAAUGUUUAUUUGAACAUAAAUCAUAAUAAACAUAAUAUGAUAAACACAUCAGUAAUUUCCAAUUUUAGCAAUAUAAAACACUUUAUUAAAAAUUUUAAAAAAAAGCAACAAUUUUAUAUUUGAUUUUAAAUAAAAGGCUAUUUUCUUUUCUGUCUAAUGAUACAAUGUAAAAUUAUGUAUUUCAAAACCAUAUACCUACCUAUUAGAAAAAAAUCUAUCAAUGAACUUCCAAAUAUUUUUCAUAUUUAUAUAAGAUAUUAUUUGUCAAUUAGCUGAUUCAAAAAUCAAUUAUCAAAAUAAACAAAUAAUGGAAAACAAUUCUAGUUUUUUUUCUAGUACCAAAAUUGAUUCAUUUCAAAAGUAAGAAUUCAAAUUUAAAUUACCUAAGAUUAAAAAUUGUAUUUUAUUAUUUCUCUAUAAAUGUUAUAGUAAUAAUUUACCAUUUUGUGAGUGGAAUCGCCAACAAUUAACUGAUUGGUUUGCUGAACAAGGUAUUGAUUAUGUUUUACAAGAAUCAACAGUGUGGCCUGCUUCUGGAAAAGACUUGAUUUCUUCAUCUAUCAAUGAUAUUUGUCAAAAAUUUAAAUUUAAAGUGAGAAUAAAUAUUAACAUUUUUAGAGCAAUAUGGAUUAUUUUUCUUUGUACAUUAUACAAAAAUUAGUAUAUUAAUAUGAUUUUUAACAAUAAUUAUAUACUAUUUUUUGAUUGUUUAUCACAAAUUGCACUUCGAUUUAUACAAAAUUAAAAUUUAAGCGCAAAUUAAAUAUUAUUUAUUUUUUCAGCACUGGUUACAUAGAAAAAAACUUAUUUUAGCCAUUCAAUGUGAAAGUGACCAAAAUAAAUUAUUUACUGAAGAUAAAUAUUUAUCUAAAGCAAGAUAUUUAAGUGCAGCUUGGGUAUUACAAUGGUUAGAUGACAUUGGACUACCACAAUAUAAAGAUCCAUUUUCGCAGGCAACUAUUAAUGGUGUUCUUUUGCACAGACUCACCAAAGACGAUUUUCUAACAAUACAAAAUGGAAAUUCGGAUUUACAUUUUUCCAGUCUACGAUGCGGCAUUAAGGCAUAAAUCUUUUUUUAAUCCUUACAAGCCAUUUAGAUUUUUAGCUGCUAAAAUCUAUACAUAUUUCUCUGUCAUAUGAUGUGUUCCAGUUUACCUCUCUAAUCUCUAAACUGUCAUUGGCAUGGACUUCCUUGUGGUUAUGUUCCUUUCAUCUCAUUUCUUAUGAUCUUUAACAGUCUACUGUCUCUUAAUUAUACAUGUGAGAAUAGAUUUCCCCUAACUUAUAUAUAGUUGAUAUUUUGUAUUUUUUUUUUUUUUUAAGGUUUGUUAGGAAGUAACACUUAUUUGCCACAGAAAAUGUUAUAUUUAUUUUAACUGUUCAAUGUAACACUCAAGUAUUUAUAUUAUGCAUAAACAUUUUUCUUAGAGGAUUUUAAGUUAUUUUAAUUUUAUAUCUGGGUUUUUAAUCACUGUGGAAUCAUUUACAUUUUAUUUCUACUCCUACUUUAUAUACUUAAAUAAGUAUAUACAUUUGGUUUUCUGUCAGGAACCCUCCUUUCUGGACACAGAUUCGGAUAGAGAAUAUUUGUUUAGACAUUUUGAUGUAACACUUAUAUCAGAUUAACGGUGUAUGAGUUAUAAUCAUUUAAAGUUUAGACUGGAGGAAUAAGAAAGAGUUAUCAAUUUAUAAUUUAAAAAUAGAUAUGCUAUUUUCUACUCAUUCCUACUCCAGUCUAAAUUUUAAAGGUUUAUUACUAAUAUAUUGUAAAUUUAAUAUUAUUAUUAUGCAUUUCAAAAUGUCUGAAAAAAAUAUAUUCUAUGAGAAUCUGUGUCCGAUAAGGAAAGCUCUUUUUAGACAGGAACCCCCUCAUUCCUGUUUAAAUACAAAUGUUUAUACUUAUUUAUGAUAUAUGGAGAAGGGAUAAAAAUUAAAAAUGGUUUUAAAAAAGUUUGAUUUUAUGAUUAAACUAAAAAAAAUAAUGGAAGUUGAAUUCCUUAAAAUUCUUCAAGAAAAUUGCUGAUUCAUGAAAAAAAAAUACUGAAAUGUUUAUUUUUUUCUUGGCAUCAUAUCAUGUACUUUAGGUUUUUCCUUUAAACACUUGGGUCAAUGCCUUCUCCUACUUUUAUCAUUUCCAGCACAUUCUUCACUUACAAGUAACAUACAAUGUAAAUAUAAAAUUAUUAUUAUUAUUGAUUUAUCUCUAUACACAAAAUAAUGGGCCUCACUGAGAAAUACAUAAAAAUAUGAAUUAAAUAUUUAAACAUCUAUAUAAUGAUGCAUUUUUAAAAAUGUGUUGUUUAUUUAUUAUUACUUAGGUUUUAAGAGAUAAUAAUUUUGAUUCUGAAUGUUUAAUUCGUCGUUCAAAUAUUAACAAAACCGAUGAUGAUUGUAAUUUAUCACUUUGGACAACACACAGAGUUAUGGAAUGGCUUUGUUGUGUUAAUUUGGCUGAAUAUGCUUCUAACUUAAGGGGUUCUGGUAAAUAUGUUUAUAUAUUUGAUUGUUUUGAAUUAAUUUAUAAAAUACAACAUUUAUAUUUUAAUAUUAUUUAGGUGUUCAUGGAGGUUUAAUAGUAUAUGAUGACAGAUUUACAUCUGAUCUUUUGGCUGAUAUUUUAUUUAUUCAACAAAGUAAAACUUUAUUGAGACGACAUUUGAGUAUACAGUUCAAUCAAUUGUUGGGGAAAGAUUUAAAUAAAAAAAAGAGAGAUGCUCAGUGCAAACCAAAGUAUAGACCUCUAACAAUAUCAUCUAAAAUUAAAGUAAAUUAAGUGUGUUUUUAUAUAAUGAAAUUAUGUAUUUUGCUUAACAAUAUACGUACGAUAUACGUAUAUUGUUAUAAAAUAAUUUUAUUACCAUAUUUAAAGAAAUAUUUUUUUUUUGAUGUUAUGAUUCAGAUUCAGAAAAAAUCACAAUUUUCUUUGAAGCGGAAAAAAAAUAACAAUGAACUGAAUAUAGGGGAUUUAAUUUGUCCAAUUGAGGAUUAGUUCACUAUUAGAUAUAUUUUUACACAAUUAAAACCAAAGUUAAUAUACCUUUAGUACAUGACAACAAAGACUUAUUGCUUAUUAUUUUGUUUUUUAUUUAUUCAGAUUUAUUUUAAUCUUUUUAUUAUACUUUCUAAAAUGUUAUGACAAUAACUAUUCAUAUUAUACUAUAAGAAUUUAAUACCCAAAAUUGAUUAAACUCUUUUUUGUUGUUAAAGUAAAACAUUAUUUGUAUGUAAACUAAUUAUUUAAACAUAAUAUUUGUAUAAAUUGUUACAAUACCAUUUAAAGCAUUGUUUGACAAUAAAGGAAUUACUUAUUAAUGCAAUCACUGAUACUUGUUACGAUGCUGUUGUAUACAACAAUAUUAACAAUAUUUCAGAUAAAACGAUUCACAAUUCCCAGCCAUUUACUUGGUUGAUUUUAUAUCUCACUGGCAGUAAUUU